CAGCAAAUUUCCAGCUACCGCGCAUUGUUGAUUGACUAGUUUUCCCCCAGCCAAGGGCUUAUCUUCAUCUACACUAAUAUAUAUUAGAGCCUUCACACUUUGUUCUGUAUCAGCUUAAUUAACACAUUCUUCUUCUCCAAAACAGAAAUGAUUUUCUCUAAGCCUCCUCGGCUCAUCCUCUUUAUAUGUCGUCUCAUUCGAAAGCAUUAUCGAGACCAGAAGGGUCUGCAGAGGAGCUUAAGUAAUGCUCAUUCUGUUGCACCUGAGACACAACACAAACAACAUUGCCAGACCACUUUGUCUGAAAGAGUGAAGUGGUCUGAGAAUGCAGUGAUCUUUAAUGUCGAAGGAGCCUUGUUGAAAUCUUCGUCUCUGUUCUCGUACUUCAUGCUGGUUGCUUUCGAAGCUGGCAGUCUUGUGAGGGCUUUUGUUUUACUACUACUUUACCCUCUUCUUUGUUUGCUUAGCCAUGAAGAUUCGGUGAACGUUAUGGUGAUGGUUUCGUUUUUCGGGAUCAAGAAAAGUAGCUUUCGGGUGGGGAGUUCGGUGCUACCAAAGUAUUUCUUGGAGGAUGUUGGUGAUGAAGCUUUUGAGGUGGUGAAGAGAGCCAGAUCAAGCUAUGCAGUCACUGAUAUGCCUCAAGUAAUGGUGGAAUGUUUUUUGAGUGAUUAUUUGGAGAUUGAUUUUGUUUCGGGGAGAGAUUUGAAAGUGGUUUGUGGUUACUAUGUGGGUCUAAUGGAAGAAAAGAAGAACUCGACGAGUUUGGAAGAUAAAUUUGAUGAUGCAAAUAUCUUCAAAAAUGUUAUCGGACUUGAUAAUAUGGAUACAUCUCUUCAGCAUCCAUUGUUCUCUCAUUGCAAGGAGGUUGUGAUGGUGAGUGAAGCUGAGAAGCUGAAAUGGAAUAUACUGAGCAAGGACAGAUAUCCAAAACCAUUAAUCUUCCAUGAUGGUAGGUUAGCUUUCAAGCCAAGCCCACUUGCCAUGCUUGCCAUGUUCAUAUGGCUUCCCUUGGGCUCAAUUAUUUCAAUAAUUCGAAUAUGUAUUGCCAUUUCCCUACCGUACACUAUCUCCACUCCUCUCUUAGCCUACUCAGGAAUUAAACUUGAGCUUUCAAGACCCAACCACCACUUAGCUUCACCAAAUUCUCAGUCACAAACCAAAGGCUCACUCUAUGUGUGUAACCACAGAACAUUAUUGGAUCCUUUAUUUCUGUCAUUCGGCCUCGUGAAACCUUUGGCUGCAGUAACAUACAGCCUUAGUAGAAUGUCAGAGUUUUUAUCACCAAUCAGAACUGUCCGAUUAACGAGAAACAGAGACAAGGACAGGGAAAUGAUGGAUAAGUUAUUGAAUCAAGGGGAUUUGGUUGUUUGCCCUGAAGGAACUACUUGUAGAGAACCUUACUUGCUAAGGCUAAGUCCUUUGUUCACAGAACUGACUGACGAUAUCGUCCCUGUUGGCGUAGACACAAAUGUGAGCAUGUUUCACGGUACAACUGCUAGCGGAUUGAAGUGCUUGGACCCUAUUUUCUUCCUCAUGAACCCGACCCCGAGCUACACAGUCCAGAUUCUUGAUAAAAUCUGUGGCGUUUCUUCGGGCAAUAUUGAUACUCAGAGCUCGAGAUUCGACGUUGCGAAUAAAGUGCAGUGUGAGCUCGGUGAGGCCCUAGGGUUCGAAUGCACAAUGCUUACCAGGAAGGACAAGUACAUGAUCUUGGCAGGCAAUGAAGGAGUGGUUUCUACAGAAAGGAAACAAUAGCCAUUUGCAUGCACAUUGAUAAUUUUACUAGCUAGUAGUAGUUUGGAUUGUGAUGGUUAAAAUUAUUAUUUAUUCAUGAGAUAUUCUUACACAAUUUGGUUCUUCAUUUGUGUCAAGAACAUAAUCAAGAAAGUGAUAUUUAUAAUUA